AUGCCAUCUCAAACGGAACAUGCCAUGGAAAUCAUGAUGUUCACGUUUCACAAGUUUGCUGGGGAUAAAGGCUACUUAAAAAAGGAGGACCUGAGAGUACUCAUGGAAAAGGAGUUCCCUGGAUUUUUGGAAAAUCAAAAAGACCCUCUGGCCGUGGACAAACUAAUGAAGGACCCGGGCCAGCGCCGAGCUGGCAAAGUGGGCUUCCAGAGCUUCUCACUAAUUGCUGGGCUCACCAUCGCGUGCAAUGACUAUUUUGUAAUACACAUGAAGCAGAAGGGAAAGAAGUAG